UCUGUCUUCAUAAAUUCUGUCGGAAACCGUUCGUCGGCAUUCCAGGUGCAGUUGUGUCCAGGUCUUGUGUUCCACGCCUUGUCCCAUUUGUUUUAUUGAAGGCGAAUUUGGAUUCUUUUUUUCUCCUCUGUUCCGUGCUGCGAUCUGGCGGUGUAGUCGCGAUUCGGGAAUAAAUCGAAGGAGUUCGGAGAUCAAAGAGAGCGUGGAAGAAGGGAUGGGCCAAGUGCUUCUGGAAAUCGAACCUCGGGAGCUCAAGUUCACCUUUGAGUUGAAGAAGCAGAGUUCAUGCUCCGUUCAUCUUGUCAAUAAAUCCAGUGAUUAUGUUGCCUUCAAGGUUAAAACUACAUCACCCAAGAGGUAUUGUGUGCGACCAAACACAGGUGUCAUUCUACCAAGAUCAUCAUGUGAUUUUACAGUGACCAUGCAAGCUCAAAAGGUAGCUCCACCUGAUAUGCAGUUAAGAGAUAAGUUCCUAAUUCAGGGUACAGUUGUUCCAUAUGGUACUACAGAUGAGGACGUUGUGCCUAGCUUUUUUUCUAAAGAAAAUGGAAGAUAUAUUGAAGAGAACAAAUUGAGAGUUGUACUUGUUAGCCCACCUCAUUCUCCAGUACUGCAACCAAUUAAUGGAGCUUUAAAGCAGGAGUCAGUUUACGAAGCACCUAAUUUGAAAGAAACUACUUUGAAAGAAACCCCUGUUUCAAAUGAUCAAGAAGUGGAUGAUGUCAAGAAUCUUCCUCUAUUUCAUGUCUCCAAGGAAGCUGAGGAUCUAAAGUUAAAGCUGAAUGAUCUUGAAGUGAAACUAAAUGAGGCUGAAAAUACAGUCACAAGGCUGAAAGAAGAGAAUGGUGUAGCAAUUCAAGAGAGGGAUAAGCUGCAACAAGAAAUAGUAUUGCUGAGAAGGAAGUGCAAGGCACGGAUUCAGGUUGGUUUUCCCUUUUUGUUUGUGGUUUUCAUGACAAUAGUUGGUGUGGCACUUGGAUACCUGUUGCACCCAUGAGAGACAGAAUGGAAGGCAAAGCCCAGAACAGCUGCUUUGGAGCUGGAUGCUGGGGUCUGUGACAUAAACUGCAAUACAAAACAACCAUUUCCCAAUUACAAAGACAGAAUGCAUGUAAAAAAGAUCAUUUUUACUUUAUUUGAGAUGCUCUCACCUUGCAGACUAACUUGGUCUUUUUCUUUCAUAAUAAUAAAACAUAUUGGUGAUUUUGUAUAUUUUCAUCCUCACUUUAUUGGCCAUGCUGGACAUUUAGACA